AUGGCGGACGCAUUUGGGGACGAGCUCUUCAGCGUGUUUGAGGACGCCGCCGCCGCCGCUGCCUCCGGCAUCAAGAAGAACAAAGUGGGCGCCGCUGAGGGCUCCAGGAGACCGGGAAAACGAUCGGAUGAAAAAUCUUCAGUAGAUGCGACAGGGAAGACCAAGCGGGAAGCAGAGCUUGAUAGUACUGAAGAUGCUGUUGUGGGAAAGAAGCCAAAAUUGGAAGAUGUUGUGUCAGAAGAUGCUAAUCUGGCAGACCUGAUGCCUCAAGUAAAGGUGCAAGCUGUGGAAACUGUUGAAGGUUGUACACAUGAGGUUGCACUUCCAGCAGAUGAAGACUUCACAGGUCUGAAGCCAAGAACUGGAAAAGCUGCAAAAGAAUAUCCAUUUAUUCUUGACGCCUUUCAGAGAGAAGCUAUUCUUUGUGUAGAUAAUAACCAGUCUGUGUUAGUGUCAGCUCAUACAUCAGCUGGUAAAACUGUUUGUGCAGAGUAUGCAAUUGCCCUGGCUUUGAGGGAGAAACAGCGUGUAAUAUUUACAAGUCCAAUUAAAGCUUUGAGUAAUCAGAAGUACCGUGAGAUGUAUGAAGAAUUCCAGGAUGUUGGUUUGAUGACUGGUGAUGUCACCAUUAAUCCUACAGCUUCUUGUCUGGUAAUGACAACCGAGAUUUUGAGAAGUAUGCUCUACAGAGGUUCUGAGGUUAUGCGAGAAGUUGCAUGGGUUAUUUUUGAUGAAAUACACUACAUGAGAGAUUCAGAACGUGGUGUGGUUUGGGAAGAGACAAUUAUUUUACUCCCUGACAAUGUUCAUUAUGUGUUCCUUUCUGCCACUAUUCCAAAUGCGCGUCAGUUUGCUGAAUGGAUCUGCCAUCUUCACAAACAGCCUUGUCAUGUGAUUUACACCGACUAUCGACCGACUCCACUGCAGCAUUAUAUAUUCCCAGCAGGAGGAGAUGGACUCCAUCUGGUUGUUGAUGAAAAUGGAGAUUUCAGAGAAGAUAAUUUUAAUACAGCAAUGCAAGUGCUUAGAGAUGCAGGAGACUUAGCAAAAGGGGACCAGAAAGGCAGGAAAGGAGGAACAAAAGGUCCUUCAAAUGUUUUUAAGAUUGUGAAGAUGAUCAUGGAAAGGAAUUUCCAACCUGUGAUUAUUUUCAGCUUCAGUAAGAAAGACUGUGAAGCCUACGCACUUCAGAUGACAAAGUUAGAUUUCAAUACAGAUGAAGAAAAGAAGAUGGUUGAAGAAGUGUUCAAUAAUGCAAUUGAUUGUCUGUCAGAUGAAGAUAAAAAGCUUCCUCAG